AUGCAAUACAACCUGGGCAAAAUCAUCGUCGGCUUGGCUUGGGUCUCGUCCGCCCUAGCGGCGCCGCAGAAAAGCCCGCAGGCGGGAAAAUGCACACCCAGGCUUUUGGUUCUCAACCCGAAGUACGCAGCGGUAUUCACUCUCCGCCAAGUGCCUGAAAGUUGGAAAUCCGUCAAGGGAACGCAUACCGCAGGCCGGAAAGCGUUUGCGCUGCCCGGCCCAUUCGCCACCGAGAAUAGUCGCUAG